AAAAUGCAAAACGAUCUGCUGCACUUAUCGUAUCUAAAGUCGAACAAUAUCAAAUACAUCAGCACAGACAUAAACGGUCACCCGUUUAUAAUACCGCAUGAUCCCUCUAACCUUGACCUGUACCGAAAGUGCCUGUCGGAUUUCUACGAAUUCUACACCUUCAUUUCUGAGAUCAAAUCAACCACCUACAAGGAUUUAGCAGAGUAUUACAAACUGAAAUACGAGCUGAAGGGAUUGGAAAGUUUAAUCACGGAAUAUAAUACGCUCAGAAACGAGCUCGACAAGGAGCCGAAAAAGGAAGGCGUGGUGUACUACAAUGAGGAGGAGGAGCGUGUGCUCAGGGAGAGCAACGAAAUGGUAGGCAACGCGAAUGCAUCGUGUAUGUUUGUAGGUCCGUAUAAUUUGGCGAUGUUCUACAGACGAAUGGGGAGUGAAAAGAAUUUUGUUCGUUUUAUGAAGGAGGCGAGGAAGAGCGCCAUGAUGCAGGAGAAUUACAAUGGGAUAGAGUUGUGUCAGGAAGAGCUAAGAAAGUACAGGAAAGAAAGGAACAAACGUAGGUGAUAGCUGCUGGAAUGUACACUUAUUCUUGUUGAGAUUCUACCAGGAGAUUAUUUCGUUCUGUGUUUCCCCUGCGAUAACAAAGGCAAUGCAGUGUAAACUUUGUUAUUCGAGGCUGAUCGUUGGUGCUAACGUAAUAAACCAGGAUUUGUGAAGUAAUCGCUGUGUGGCGUGCUGCGGGUACAAUGUGCACUUUUUUAAUGAUUUUCCUUUUGGUUCUUUCUCCGUUUGAUGAUGCCUUCAUCGUUGAUUAAAAAUAUUUUUACGUUACUGAAAAGAAGGGAACGUACGGAACGGUCUCAUACGCUUCACAACCACCAUAACAGCAGCAUGCUAGGCUUCUACACUCUCAAUCGAUAUGCCAUCCGUAAAACGGGUUAAAAACCAUAAAAGCAGGUGAAAG